CCAAGCAUCAAGAAGCAAGGGAUAAAAGAGUCCCAGAGGAGAGGGAAGGAUGUCACAGCUGAGCCUGUCCUGGUUGGGACUGGGGCCCGAGGUGGCCUUCCCAUGGAAGACCCUGCUACUGCUUGGGGCCUCCUGGAUCCUGGCCCGGAUUCUGAUCCAGAUCUAUGCUGCCUAUAGGAACUAUCGUCACCUCCAUGGCUUCCCUCAGCCCCCCAAACGGAACUGGCUUAUGGGUCACGUGGGCAUGGUAACUCCUACAGAGCAGGGCUUGAAGGAAUUGACUCGUUUGGUGGGUACCUACCCCCAAGGUUUUUUGAUGUGGAUUGGACCAAUGGUCCCUGUUAUUACUCUAUGCCAUUCUGACAUCGUCCGAUCUAUCCUCAAUGCCUCAGCCGCUGUUGCACUCAAGGAUGUGAUAUUCUACAGCAUCCUAAAGCCUUGGCUGGGGGAUGGGCUCUUGGUGAGUGCUGGUGACAAGUGGAGCCGCCAUCGUCGCAUGCUGACACCCGCUUUCCAUUUCAACAUCCUGAAGCCCUAUGUGAAGAUUUUCAACGAUAGCACCAACAUCAUGCACGCCAAGUGGCAACGGUUGAUUUCAGAUGGCAGUGCCCGUCUGGACAUGUUUGAGCACGUCAGCCUGAUGACUCUGGAUAGUCUGCAGAAAUGUGUCUUCAGCUUUGACAGCAACUGUCAGGAGAAGUCCAGUGAAUAUAUUGCUGCCAUCCUGGAGCUCAGUGCCCUAGUGGCCAAAAGGCACCAGCAGCCUUUGAUGUUCAUGGACCUGCUGUAUAAUCUCACCCCUGAUGGUAUGCGCUUCCGUAAGGCCUGCAACGUGGUGCAUGAAUUCACUGAUGCUGUCAUCCGGGAGCGGCACCGCACCCUCCCAGAUCAGGGUUUGGAUGACUUCCUUAAGUCUAAGGCCAAGUCCAAGACUUUGGAUUUCAUUGAUGUGCUGCUGCUGAGCAAGGAUGAAGAUGGAAAGGAGCUGUCAGAUGAGGACAUCCGAGCAGAGGCUGACACCUUCAUGUUUGAGGGCCAUGACACGACAGCCAGUGGACUCUCCUGGAUCCUCUACAACCUGGCAAGGCACCCAGAAUACCAGGAGCGCUGCCGGCAGGAAGUUCAGGAGCUGCUGAGGGGCCGAGAGCCUGAGGAGAUUGAAUGGGACGACCUGGCCCAGCUACCCUUCCUGACCAUGUGCAUCAAGGAGAGUCUGCGACUGCAUCCCCCAGUCACGGUCAUCUCCCGAUGCUGCACCCAGGACAUUCUGCUCCCAGAUGGCCGGACCAUUCCCAAAGGUAUCAUCUGUCUCAUCAGCAUCUUUGGAAUUCAUCACAACCCAUCCGUGUGGCCAGACCCUGAGGUCUAUGACCCCUUCCGCUUUGACCCUGAAAACAUCAAAGACAGCUCACCUCUGGCAUUUAUUCCCUUCUCGGCGGGACCCAGGAACUGCAUAGGACAGACUUUCGCCAUGAGUGAGAUGAAGGUGGCACUGGCGCUGACGCUGCUGCGCUUCCGACUCCUACCGGAUGACAAGGAGCCGCGCAGGCAGCCAGAGCUGAUCCUGCGCGCAGAGGGCGGGCUGUGGCUGCGGGUGGAGCCGCUGAGCGCGGGCGCUCAUUGACCUAAGACCUGGUCUAGAGCCACCCUACCAACAUAUCUCUGCGGAUCCCAGAAUGAACAGAACUGUCAUCCAUACCUGAAUCUUACCGAGAGCCAGCAGGGGGCGCUGUGAAAUCCAGUGCGUGGGUGAGAGAGGCCUGCUCCAUAAGGUGCAUUCUCCUCCAACCAACCUGGACUAUUCUCUGAACAACAUAGGAAGCCAAAGGGAUGUCUGAGCAAGAGGCCAGAAUCAAAGGCAAAUUUGAGCUCUGAUUCAUGCAGCUCUGUUUCCAUUACUUUGACUUCCAUUCUAAUCACCUAAUAGACCAUUCUUCUCUCACCUCAGAAUUACUUUUCUGUGGGCACUAAAUUACUGUGUUUAUUAAACCUUAAGACCGGAUUUUUUUUCUCAUUUAAAGCUAGGGUCUCAUUAUAUCAUCUUGAACAAUCUGACUCCUGUUUUUUAUGCUCUUCCUGCAGGACACCAUGUUGGGCUUGUCUAGGGAGUUUUGAAGUGAUGUCUGAUUUUUGUGGUAUCUUACGGGUUUUCUCCAGUAAGAAAGAGAGGAGAGGGUUGAGAGUGACGGGUACUGGGGUUGUUGGAAAGCACCCAUUUCCCACCUUGGGGAGUGGCUGUAUCUGGAUAUGUCCCUCACUAUGGAGCUAGAAAUGUAGCUUACUGAUAAAGCCCUUGCUGAGCGUGUAAGAACCCUAUUUUCCACAGCCUUGCCCAAAUGUCCCUGCAUUUAAAACAAAACAGUACAAACAAAUAAAAAUGAGAUGUAGUGGCUGGGGAGAUAUAGUUCAGUGAUAAAGAGCACCUGAUGCUCUUUCAGAGGAUCUGAAAGAUCAUUCAAACUCUUUCAGAAUUUGGUUCCCAGCACUUUUGUCAGGUUCCAGGGGAUCUGAUGCCCUCUUCUGGCUUCAGUGAGCAACUGUGCUCUCAUUUAUAUGCUCAUGUGCAUGUGUGUGCUUGUGUGCAUGUGUGGGUGCCCCCUCCCCCGAGAGUCACACAGUCACAAAGAGUCACACACCACAGAUACACACAUAAUUUAAAAUUAAAAUAUAAAUACAUCUUUAAAAUGCAAUGCAGAUGAUCUCCUUGCGUGCCAAGGAGUCUGAUGGAGAGAUUCAAAUUGGCUCGGUGUUGGUACAAAGGUGGUGAGCGAUCAAGAGUCCCAUGAAUGAAAUCUGUAAACAAAGGAUUCCGAAGAAUAAGUUACAGCUGUCUGGAUCCUGCUUGGGAAUUUUUAAGGGAUAUGGGAAAGUAUGGAUGACUUUAGGGGAUAGCCAUGAGCUGCCAACCAGCAUGCUUUCCAUUGGUCAUCUAGCAAAGGGAAGGAAGGAACCUUGAAGGAACAUCCGUGAACUGAAAACAACAAAUGGUUGUUUGCCUCUGGUUUUUCUAAGAACCAAAUGUGAUGGGCAAAGGGUUGUCAUUGAGGGGAAGCCUUCAGGGUUGGGAUCUCCAUCCUAACAGCCUGGUGGGAUCUAACUCCAUUAACUUCAAAAGAAGUGCCAGGCAGUGUUAGUCCUGGUCUUUAAUCCCAGCAUUCAGGAGGCAGAGGCAGGCAGAUCUUUGAGUUGGAGGCCAGCCUAGACUACAGAGAAAAUUCCAGGACAGCAAGGGCUACACAGAGAAACCCUGGAAAAGCUAAAUAAAGAAACAGAUAAAAAAAGAUGAUAGAUAGAUUGAUGAUAGAAGAUAAGAAAAGGUUGUUUUUAAUCUUCUGAAAGUCACAUUUGUGGGUUCUGCCUCUAGUCUUCUCAUGUGAAAUUCUUUUGUAUUCAAAUGCACUCCCAUAAAAGAAGGAAGACACAAAACAGAAAUUUAACACACAUGAAUCUAAUAUGUUAAGUAUAGUUAAUAUUCCCUCAAACACAUGUCUAGUGUUUUUAAUUUAUAACAGUAUUUUUAAUUGUUAUUGUUUUGGAUGAGAGUUUUGCCUGCGUGUAUGUCUGUAUACGUCAUGUGUCCAGUGUCUGCAGCAGCCAGCAGAGGGUGUUAGGUGUACUGAAACUUUCUAUAGGUGCUGAGAAUUGAACUUGGAUCUUUGGAAGAGCAGCUAGUGUUUUUAACUGCUCAGCCAUCUCUCUAGCCACUAUAAUUAUAUUUUGCAUGUAUUUUAUUUGUUUCCAAUAAUAUGACAUAUGUAUAAUAUGCUA